AUGGCCCACUCGUACAAACCGUCUUCACGGACUCUUCGCUCACCCGGCUUGGCCCACUUCGUCGAACAUCAGUUCGAUUGCAGUGAUAUUUCUUCUGAAAACGAGGGUGAUGAGGAUGCCCCAAGCGCCCCGGAAUUGUCAACUGCGCUCCUGGUCGCUUUGACGUGUACAAUUGGAGGGCUCCAAACAGUGUGGUUGACUAUCUUCUCCCACGGCUCCUCCUACCUCGCAUCGCUUGGGAUUUCCGAAGUCCAAAUCUCCCUCAUAUGGACGGCGGCUCCAGUAUGCGGCUCGAUCAUCCACCCCGUCGUGGGCGUCGUCAGUGACCGCUCGCGGAUAUCAUGGGGGCGAAGGCGGCCGUUCAUCCUAAUCGGCGCAAUCAUAAUCAUCAUCGCUAUCACUGCGCUAGCUUGGAUAGAGCCCAUCACACUGCUGUUAUGCUCGCUUCACGGCAAGGUUUCGAUGGCUGCGACGGUCACACUAUACUGGGCCGUCUUCUGGGUUAUUAUCCUCAACAUCGGAAUCCAGACUCUGCUAUCAGGCUCCCGGUCCUUAAUAGUGGACGUUUGCCCUAGCGAGCAGCAGUCAAUCGCAAGCGCAUGGGCUGCACGUUUCACGGGUCUCGGCAACAUCUUGGGAUAUCUAAUUGGCUCCGUUCCGCUACCCUUUCUAGCGAGCAACCACGAGGCGUGGCGCUUCCGCUGCAUGGCACUUUUCGCCGCCACCGUGCUGACGAUUACGGCGGUCGUUACGGGGUAUUUCAUCCGGGAGGAAAAUCCACAGCACCUACCCUACGACGAGGCCGAAGGAUCAGUCUUUGCGCGCACAUUCCGCGGUGUAUACCAGGGCUUGGUCGCAAUGCCACCGAAAGCCCGAAGCGUGUGCCGUGUCCAGUUCUUCACCGCGAUGGCCUGGUUCGGGUUCCUCUUCUACAGCACGAGUUACGUCAGCGGACUAUAUCUCGACGAAUCGUGCAAGCACGGUAUGGUCUUCAGUUCGGCGCUCAAAGACCGCGGCAUAAGAUUGGGCACCACAUCGAGCUUGCUCUUCGCUGUUGCCGCUCUGUGGACCAAUGUGCUGCUUCCCCACAUCAGAUGCUCCCCGGAAACCCAGCUUCUUCUGGAAAAGGGAUACGCGGUGACUCGGUUCAAUCGCCUCCGCCAGACACACAUCCUAUGGACCGCCGGACUUAUCCUCUACGUCCUUUUCACACUUUCGACCUUCUUCAUAUCCUCCAGCAUGGGAGGUGUCGUGGCGGUCGCUCUCGUCGGUCUGUCUUGGGGCAUCACCCAAUGGGCUCCCUUCGCGUUGAUUGGCGAAGAGAUUGCAGCCUCUCACGACGAGGGUGCUUCCCUCUCUGAGAUGGGCGGCAAGACGUGGGCAACGAAUCAAAACGGAGCCAUGAUGGGCGUCCAUAAUGCUGCCGUCUCCGUUCCGCAGAUCAUGGCUGCGAUGGCGAGCAGCUUUAUCUUCUGGUUGACGGGGAGAUUUGGCGUGCACGAUGCAGUGGGGUGGGUGCUGCGGUUUAGUGGCAUUGCUGGUGCGGUCGCGGCGUGGUUUGCGUGGCAGUUGUAGGUUAAACGGCAUUGAUACCCCAACAGCUGGCUGUAAAUAUAUAUCAU